AUGGUUCUCGCGGUCGACCUCCUCAACCCCACGCCUCAGGCUGAGGCUCGCAAGCACAAGCUGAAGACCCUUGUGCCCCAGCCCCGCUCCUUCUUCAUGGACGUCAAGUGCCCCGGCUGCUUCACCAUCACUACCGUCUUCUCGCACGCCCAGACCGUCGUUAUCUGCGCCGGCUGCUCGACCGUCCUGUGCCAGCCCACCGGUGGCAAGGCCCGUCUGACCGAGGGCUGCUCGUUCCGCCGGAAGUAA